CAGCAGCAGCUGCUUUACACCUCAUUUAGUUUGUUGACAUGUUUUUAAAGACUUUUUUCCCCCCAGUGCUUUAUUUUGGCAUAAAAUGCAGUACAUCAUCAUGUACAAAGUAUAUACAAAGGUAAACAUUACCACAGCAAAACACCAGAGGGAUCAAGGGUCAGAAAAAAUCGAAAAAAAGAAACAAACAAAACAAAUCAGAAAACAAACAGUCAAACAAGAGAAACCGACCUGACCAGGAAUGUCCCUAAACAGUCUGUUAUCGUUCUUAGACUGGGGCUAUACUGAGCCUCUCACAGAUGCACGCUGUUUUCAUUGCUUUUUUUUAUUCUUACUGUUUUUUAUUGACGUUGCAUGUUGGUGGAGUUCUGGGUGAAGGGUUCCAGGCUGGGUUUGGAUUCUGCCCAUUUUUUUCUUGUGGAUGUGGGAUUUGGCCACGAACAGUAUCAGUUGCACCAAAAAUGCUGUUUUUGUCAAAAAAAAAAAAAAAAAAGAUAAAAAUGUCCUUUUACUGUAGAGUGAUCGCUUGUUUUUAAAAACUUCAUUCAAACGGCGUUAAAAACAAAUGACGUCAUCAGGCCGCGACGGUGUGAACAGCCGUUAGCCUGGAUCUAUGGCCGUUCGCGGCUCCUGACGGUCGCGGCGCAAACAGCGGCUAAAUCUCACUGCCGGUUCUCAGCACCGCGUCCACACGCAGCAGAGGCACAGCCGUGGUCUGCCCGCGCUCCGCAGCCCCGAGGCGGCCUGAGCCGCGGCCGUUCACCGUAGCUGACCGAUGGACGGGCCGCCGCCGCUGCCGCCGGAGCUCUGGGUGUCCGUGUUCAGCUACCUGAGCACCGAGGAGAAGCACACCGUGCGCACCUGCUGCAGGUACCUGAAGAAGCUCAUUGACCACCCGUCCCUGUGGCGGGAGCAAACCGUGGUCCUGUCCGACCUCCGCCGCUACACCUACGGCUUCUGGGACACGCUGCUCCGCCGCAAGCUGACCCGGGUGGCGGUGCGACACCUGCGGCGGAAAGAGUGGCGGCGCCUCGUCAAGUUCCUGCCGACGCUCACCGCCGUGGUGUUCGUGGACGGAGGGCGGCUGUACAAGGAGAAGUACAUGAACAACCUGGCCCGCUUCCCCGAGCUCAGGGACAUCGGGGUGCGGAACGCCACCUGGGAGGAGCCGAUGCUGGGCCGGAGUGUCACCGCGCAGCUGCGGGAGCGGCUGACUCACCUGAGCGUCUGCAACGUCCGGCUGCCGUGCACGGUGCAGUUCAUCAACACGGUGUCUCACCUGGACAACCUGCGGUACCUGCUCUUCCACCAGCAGGGGGAGGGCUACGGGCUGGACACGGUGCGGCCGGUGCCCUGCGAAGUCUUCCACCAGCUGCUGCUGCGCCUGCGCAAGCUGCAGCACCUGUCCUGGGGCAUGAGGGGGGAGCCGUCCGAGCCGCUGCCCGACCACUACCUCAGCCCGCCGGACCCGCAGCAGCCAGGAGCGGCCCGGUACGGCGGCCCGGUGCUGACCAGUCUGGAGCUGGUGGACUACCCAGAACCCCUCCUGCCCGAGAACGCGCUGAGCGCUCUGACGUCGCUGCGCUCGCUGACGGUCCGGUACCGGUACAUCAGGGAGGGCAUCAGCUGCCGCCUGCGGUCGUGGCUCGGUCCUCUGAGGCAGCUGGACACGCUCACCAUCAUCGGUGGGAACUCUCUGGCCACCUACACGACCACCAUCCCGCCCAGCGUGACCAGGCUGACGCUGCGAGUCGCCAUAACGCUCAAAGACAUGGACUCCAUUGCACCAAAAGUCCCGGGACUUAAGCACCUGGACAUUGAACAGAACCGGUCCAGUGGCAGCCUCUGCAGACGGAUCCCGAUGCUGUUUCCUGAGCUCAGGACUCUCCGGAUACGAUUUUUCCGCCGGAAGCCGGAGAAAGACCUGCUGAGUCUCCACCGACUGCGACACCUGGUGCAGCUGGAGCUGCUGGUGGAGCGAUCCUUCAUCCUCAGAGAUUACCUGAACGGUCACCCGUGGCCGAGUCCCUGCGUCCGGGAGCUGAUCGACGAACUGCGACAGCUGUCCAAGAACAGGAUCACCGUCAUCACCGCCAUGCGGCAGAGAAACCCUCUGAGAGAAUGUGACUGCGUCUGGGAAGGCGACUGAGGCAGCGACAGCAAACUUCUUGGAACACGAAGAAGGCGGCUCUCCGAGUCGGGAACAGGAGUCACGAGUCACCAAGAUGAAAAGAAUCAGAAAAGCUGUUGGUCCCAGCAGGGGCUGAAUGUUGAGAAGGAGCCUGAAAGGUGGCUGCUGCUGUUCACACAAAGAGCCUGAAGCUGAAGGUGGAGCCAGAGAGGUUCAGUCAGCUGGUUCUGAACUGGUCAAACAUCCAAACAAAUCCUUCAUUGAACAUUUCCUUCAUGUCCUCAGGCUUCAUCAGUGAAACAUGAAUGGCAUGUCAAAAAGAAAGGCAGCAGAUACUGCUGAGUGUCUGACUCCUGUCUGGUCACAGAUCCAGUUUAUGUAGGACGGAGAGAAGCAGCAGUUAUGAGAAGUUUAAACUUCUUUAAUUUGGUUUUCUGUCAAAACCCUUAAAACACAACAAAGUCUGGUCAAGAAGCUGCAACGUGGAAGCAGCAGAACCACGGUAGGACUCAACCACAGAAGAUGUUGGUGGACUGAAAUCAGAGCUGAUGGAUUAAUAAUAAAAUCAUUGAUCAGAUCUAUAUGGCGCUUCUCUGGACACUCAGAGACGAUUAAUCCUAGAAGGCUGCUGAACUGGAAACACCAGAGGAGGGUUGUUACAGAUGUACCUGACAAGUGUGAUGUUCUGUAAUAAACUUAGUUCUGUGAGAA